UAGUCGGAAUUGCAUGUGUUUUGACAAGUCGCGAUUUUGUGUAGAAAAAAUUUUAUUGUGAUAUCUAGAAUUUUAGAGGAUUUAGGGAUUAUUUGAGCUCACACGCCCCCCAAAAGAAAUAAUGUCGGAGAAGAGCCUCAAAGUGGGACAGCGUGUAGAGGUGACUGGGAAAGAUGUCCGGGGGCAGAUUGCCUACGUCGGGAUGACAUCAUUCGCAGCAGGAAAGUGGAUAGGAGUAAUACUGGAUGAACCCAAAGGGAAGAACAAUGGCACAAUCAAGGGCACGACGUAUUUUACGUGUGCUGAGAAUCAUGGUACUUUUGUGAGGCCAAGUCAAUUGGUUCUCCUGGAUGACAGCGGCAAUCCCUUGGAAGACACCAGCCCUGAGGAGAAACCUCGUUCCCGAUUGAGCAGCUCAAGUUCUGUCCGCUCAGUUAAUACCACGAAGCCCACAGCUGUGAGAAGGAAGUCACCUGUAAAAGCGCCAACAGCUCGUAAAGCAAGUUCUAUGACUUCAUCAGCAUCAAGGUCGUCAAAAAACUCUCGGUUGUCCCUGACGGGAAGUAGACAGAGUCUUGUUGGAUCUCGAAGUCAAUUGGCUUCACCAGCCGGUGAGAAGAAUACUGGAGUCACAGUUACCGAUGGCAAGGAAGUUCCAGCGUCAAAGAUACCCGAGAAGCGUUCAAUACCUCCACCAGAAUCGUCUCUGUCUUCCAAGAGGUCUUCUUUUGUGGAGACUGGAUUUUUGGAGACGCUUAAGCCUCAGUUUACACCAGGACAGUCCCUGACAUCUCCGUCACCAGCCCUUACGACUGAGGAUAAGUUGGCAGCUCUGCAGCAGCAACAGGAGAUUGAGGAUCUCAAGGGUCAGGUGAAGGAAUUGUCUGAAAAGUUGGAGACACUCCGGUUGCGUCGAGCUGAAGAUAAGGAGCGUCUUCGGGAGUUUGACAAGAUGAAGACACAAUUUGAGCAAUUGCAGGAGUUUAAGCAUAAAAUCAUGGAUGCUCAAACGCAACUCCAGCGAGAGUUGCAGAGAGCACGUCAAGAGACGAAAGAUGCAGUUGAGGCACGGGAUAGACAUGCUGAAGAAAUGUCUGAUCUGGCUGAGAAUGUCGAAAUGAUUACGCUAGAUAAGGAGAUGGCUGAAGAAAAGGCAGAUACGUUGCAGCUGGAGCUCGAUCAAGCCAAGGAACGUAUUGAAGAGUUGACACUGGAUCUUGAGAUUAUAAAGACAGAAAUGCAGAAUCGUGGUGGAGAUGGUCAGCCAGGAGUGACAACGGCCUAUGAGUAUAAGCAACUGGAGCAGCAAAAUGUGAGAUUGAGGGAGACUCUGGUAAGGCUUAGAGAUCUCCUGGCGCACAAUAAUCACGAAAUCCAGAAGAUGCACAAAGAGUUGGAAACGAAGAAGUCUGAAGUGGCAGAACUACACCGCACAAAAGAGAAGCUUUCCAGUACUGUUGAUGAGCUGGAAGUGCAGAUGGUGGAUCUGCAAGAGCAAGUGGAUGCUGCCUUGGGGGCUGAGGAGAUGGUUGAACAAUUGGCAGAGAAGAAGAUGGAAUUGGAGGAUAAGGUGAAGUCUCUGCAGGAGGAAGUGGCUGAAUUGGAGGCUCUGGAGGAGGUGCAUGAGCAAUUGGUAGAGAGUAAUCAUGAGCUAGAGAUGGAUUUGCGAGAGGAAUUGGAUAUGGCUCAUUCGGCCAAGAGGGAAGCCAUCAGGGAGAAGGAUGCUGCUCUGGAGACGAUUGUUGAUCGUGAUCAGACAAUUCUGAAAUUCCGUGAAUUGGUGCAGAAGCUCAAUGAACAGCUUCAGGAUAUGCGUGAGAAGGUGAAUCAGGAAAAUACUAAAUUGACUAAGGAUACCAUUGCUGAGACAAUUGAUUUCAAGCAAAUGUUUGCAGAAUCCAAAGCUUUUACGAGAGCUAUUGAUCUUCAGCUGAGACAAAUUGAAUUGACACAGGCCAAUGAGCAUGUUCGCCUCCUGACAGCCUACAUGCCAGACACCUUUAUGAAUCGAGGCGGAGAUCACGAUGCUAUCCUUGUGAUAUCCCUUGUGUCAAGGAUUGUAUUCAAAGCGGGUAUUAUUGUUAAUCAGAGCCGAGAGAGAUUCCCACAGCCAACAACUUUCGAUCGCAGUGCAAUCCUUCAGGGUCAUGAUAUUCAUCAAUUUGAAUUCCGUUCUCGUCUACUCCAUCAUGUGCACAAUUUGCAAACUAUCAUGCAUCAAUUUCUCUUUGGUCUAAACUCAUGCACACCCGAAGUACUGCUGAAAGCUGGUGCUUCUCUGCCCGAGAUGGUGGCUCAGGAGAAGACAAUUGAUGGAAUUGUUGAACUCCUGAAGAUCAAUCAACUCGAUGAAAAUUCAUCCACUGAAAACUUGGAGAAGUGCAUCUCCUUCUUCAAUGCAAUGUUCUCAGUUUUGCUGGCUUCCGAGCAACUGAUGAAUGAAACCCAGUUUGUCCGGGACUGUAUUGCUGCCAUUGGAGCUGCUUGUGAUUCCAUCAGUACAGAUGCUACCCUUGUUCAGGCACUGAUCAAGGGAGGCGAUGAGACGAGUGAUUCGGGACUUUUGCUGCAGUAUGUCAUUCAGAAUGUCGAAUCCAUUAGGCAACAAUUGAAGCUGGUGAAGAGACGUCUACCCCAAGAUAUUAAUGUGAUCAAGUGCAAUUUAUCCCCUAAAACCAUUUCGAAUCUCAAGCAAAUGGCCGAGAGUCUGGGAAAGUUGAUGAUGGUACUGUUCUUGGUGGCUAAACAAGUACUACAUCUGGUGACUGUAAAUACAGAAUCGGGAGAUGCUACAGUAUCUCAUACGAAGCUCUGGGACUUCCUCUCAGCAGCCUGCGAUCGGAUCUAUGAACAAGAUGAUCGUGGUCCAUCACAGAAUAUGAGAACUGUUUUGAGUGCAGUGAAUACAGACAUGUCCCAGUUGGCUCAGUAUCUACUUGAUCACGAAUACGAAAUAAUGGCAGCUCCAGCUUCAGUGGAGAAACCCGUUGCUCCGAUCAUUCAGAGGGCACAGUUCAUCAAGAAGCAACUUGAGGAGACCAAAACACUCACAGCAACUUUGGAGAAUCGUGAAGCUGAGAUUAGGCAGCUCAAGUUGGCGGCCAAGAUGAAACAGAAUGAACUGUCGGAGAUGCAGAUUCGGAAGGAUUUGGCAGAGAAAAAGCUAUCAGUGCUACAACAUGACAAUGAAAUUAAUGUGGAAAAGUUGCAGAGGAAGUACGAUGAAACUCUUCAGAUGCUGAAGAAAAAAGAGAAGGAGUUUGAGGAGACAAUGGAUCAUCUUCAGAGUGACAUUGACACACUGGAGAACGAGAAGGGAGCUCUCAGAGAGAAACUAAAGGCUCAUAGCAGCAAGAAGGGUGAUCUCAAGUCAACUACAGCAUUUGACAUUACAGCAUCUUCUCCGUAUAUUGCCCAAGAACUUUCCCUACUUCAGAAGGCUUUUGCGGAGGAGCGUGCUGAACGUAUGAAGCUCCAAGCAACCGAAUACAUGAAGGUUCUCAACAGCUUGGAGCCCAUUCAUGUUCCGAAGCCACCAGAUAAUCGGAUCAGGGACUUGGAGAAACAAUUGAGGGAAGUGAAACAUGAGAUGAUAAUGUCAAUGGUGAAAGAGGGUGACAUUCCGGAGGGCAAUACCAAGCACACAAGUAUCCAGAAGAGGUUGAUGGAUCAGGAGAAUCAGCACAAGCAAAUCAGGAGUGAAUUGAAAUUGCGUGCUGAGUCGCUAGCCAGUGAAAUUCUAAAUGAAUAUCUUCAGAGGAAACCUCAUCGUUCGGCCAAGAGUGACUUUGCUAAAUUUCCUGCUGUUCAACUAACUAAGGCAAUGAGGGAGCAGUAGAUGUUUACAGAGAAAGCUUUUUGUAUCUCUCGCAUAAGUAUCCAUCAGAGUUAAUUUAUUCUAUACAUAUAUACAUAUAUAUUGAACAAAAAAAAGGCAUUCUUAUCACUAAAAAAAAUUCCCCUAAUAUCGCAGA